CCAGUCAGUGUAGAGGCGCUGGGAGUCUGGAGGAGAAGCGGCAGGCAGCAUAGAGUUCAGCGGCUCCCGCUUUCGUCCGACACUUUGCAAGAGCUGCUCCCCAGGCAGUGGAGGUGAUGAUGGCGGCGGCUGUUGAGAGAGGAGGCGUCCGGGCCGCUUUCCUGAACCCGAGCAGCGGUGGCGGUGGCGGAGCAGCACCAACAAUACUCCCGACCGGAGCCUUAGCCGGGGCUGUGGUCCUGGGCUCCGGCAGCAUGCCUGUACCCAUGAACCUCUUUGCGACCUGGGAGAUAGACCGAUCAUCCCCAAGCUGCGUUCCGAGACUCUGCAGCCUCACACUGAAAAAGCUGGUCGUCCUCAAAGAACUGGAUAAAGAGCUGAACUCCCUGUCUAUAGCUGUCAAAAUACAGGGUUCCAAGCGUCUUCUGAGAUCAAAUGAGUACGUCCUCCCACCCAGUGGACUGAUGGAGACAGAUCUAGAGCUCACAUUCUCACUACAGUACCCCCAUUUUCUGAAGAGGGAUGCCAACAGACUGCAGAUAAUGCUGCAGAGGAGGAAACGCUACAAGAAUCGAACCAUCCUGGGCUACAAGACUUUAGCUGUGGGAGUUAUCAAUAUGGCCGAGGUGAUGCAACACCCGACAGACGGAGGACAGAUUCUGGGUCUCCAUAGCAACGUGAAGGAGGCGCCAGUGCGCGUGGCGGAGAUCAGCGUGUACUCUCUGUCCAGCCAGCCCAUCGACCACGAGGAUGGUAGCGGCCAGGCUGGCCGCAAGACCAAAACCUCAGACCGCUCCCCAGACAUGGAUAACUAUUCUGAGGAGGACGAUGACAGCUACUCGUCAGAGCAGGAAGCCAGCGAUGACGCAGUUCAUGGCCAGGAUCUUUAUGAUGAAGAUGAUGAGGUCAGGAAGCCCAAGAAACCCCGGAGGAAAAUGAUCCGGACCACCUCCAUGACCAGGCAACCUAACUUUAAGCAGAAGUUUGUUGCCUUGCUGAAGAGGUUCAAGGUAACAGAUGAGGUCCUGGACUCUGACCCAGUCGACCAGACUCAGGAGGUGGAGGAGGAUCUGGACUUACUCUACGACAGUCUGGAGGUGUACAACCAGAGUGACAGUGGGCCAGAGAUGGAGGACAACGAGAGCGUCCUGAGCACGCCCAAGCCCAAACUCAAGCCAUUUUUUGAAGGGAUGUCUCACUCCAGCUCCCAGACAGAAAUUGGAAGCAUACACAGCCAGAAAAGCCAGCAGAGAGAGCUGUCAUGUCCUAGUGGAGACUUUCUGACCGUGGACAGAUGUAAAGUGCAAGGGGCCCGGUAUCAAGAUGACAGCAUCACAGACACAACUGUUGGGGAGCCAGAGACUGACGACAGCGGGCCAGGGCCGGGAGAGGUGAGCAGCUGGGAUGUCAACACUGAACGGAGCACUGUUGGCAAGCUCUGCAAGACAGAGUCCCAAAAUCACAUGUCUCCCAGUAAAGUGGAGAACCGGCUGCAGAGGCGUCCUCGCAGCACCUCCAUGAAAGACAGACAGAACUCCAAGGCCCAGAGUGACAGGACCAGCAGCAUGGAGAGCGAGUGCUCACCAGACUCGCGUCUCGUAGCACAGGUUCCCAGGAAGUCUGUGUAUGACCAGCUGAACCAGAUCCUCAUCUCUGACGAACGCCUACCUGAGAGCAUCAUCCUCAUCAAUACCAUGGAGUGGCAAGGACAGUAUGUGUCCGAGUUGCUCCAUGAACAGGGCCAGCCCAUUGUCUCCACGUGCUCUGCUGCCGAUGUUCAGGCUGCCUUCAACACCAUCGUUACUCGCAUCCAGAGAUUCUGUAACUGCAACGCACAGACACCACCGACGAUGAAGGUGGCGGUGGCGGGCGACCAGAGUUACCUCAGCACAAUCCUGAGGUUCUUUGUGGAGCAGCUGGCCAACAAGACACCUGACUGGCUCAGUUACAUACGCUUCCUGGUGAUCCCCAUAGGCUCUCAUCCCCUGGCAAAGUAUGUGGCCUCGUUUGACAGCAGGUUCAACAGCAUCUUUAUGGACACUGCAUGGAGGGAGCUGUUCUGCAGGACGGAACGGCCCACCUCAGAUAACAUAGAUGUAGCAGGACGAGUCGUUCAGUAUCUGGCUGGUGCCAACGUGUCUCACCAGUUCCCCAUCUCAGAAGCCAUGCUCACCUACAAACAGAAGAGCCCUGAUGAGGACUCCUGUCAGAAAUUUGUGCCAUUUAUUGGGGUUGUGAAAGUUGGGAUUGUGGAGCAAAGCCUCUCAACUUCAGUGGACUCAGAUGAUGCGAUGGGGGUCAACACAAGCAUCCUGUCCUCCCCAACGCCCCCAUCGGCCGGUCCGUAUGGGAAGGAGAUCGGAGGCACCCCCCCACAGUCUCCCUCUGUGUCCACCGCCCUUUCUGGAGCUGGUUCUCCGUGUUCAGGCAGUGAAGUGAUGGGGCUCCAGGUGGACUACUGGACGUGGCAAGGCUCAGAGAAGAAGAAAGAAGGUGAGAAGAGAGACGUGGGACUGAAGAACACCCUGAAGAGUAACUUCCGUUCACUGCAAGUCAGCCGCCUGCCUUGUGGAGGGGAACUCACCCCUCCACCCAGCAUGGCCAUGACUGUAGUCACCAAGGAGAAGAACAAGAAAGUGAUAUUUCUCAGCAAGAAGCCCAAGGAGAAAGAGCUGGACUCUAAGAGCCAAGUGAUUGAUGGUAUCAGCAGGUUGAUCUGCACAGCCAAGCACCAGCACACGAUGCUGAGAGUCACUAUUGAUGGCGUGGAGUGGAAUGAUGUGAAGUUUUUCCAGCUCGCCGCCCAGUGGCCAACACACGUCAAGCACUUCCCGGUGGGAAUCUUUGGUUACACUAAGCCUGUGUGACCCUGGCCACCAUCCACUCAACCACCACCAGACUCUCCGCUGCACUUGUCUCACUGAGAGGCUACAGAGAAUUAGAGGAAAAGCCAACAGGCUCCCGGCAGUAAUAGUUUUCCUGUGGAAAUCUUACUGACUCACAACAAAGUGUUCCAUACACAAAUUUCAUGUUGUCAAUUUGAUGUUUUUGAUGUUGUUGGGUGUUGUUGUUGUUUUUUUUACACACUACAAAAAGAACAAGUACUAUUUUGUAAGAUUUGUGCUACCGCCUUGGAGGUAUUUUGAGGUUUUUUGACAAUUUGCCACAUUUCGAUAAUGGCAGCUGUGUUUGCACUUUGUUUUUGUUAACAUUUUAUUAUUUCUGUGAAAUCCUACAUUUAUUGUUACUCUCUAGACAAUGGAAGAGUGUGAUGGUGAUGUGCAGUGGCGUGUGUGAGGUUGUUUGAGACCGUGUUUGUGUUUGUUGUUGACAGUUGGAAUAUUGCUGUGAAUCUAGAUGGAAUCCUUCUCUCAGUGCUCAGUUUUCUUACUCGUCCCUUUACUUUCUCAAAAAGUUAACAUUUCUCUAGAAAGGAACAUAAAGUGCUUGUUUGCCUUGUUGCUUUUAAGCACACUGUGCACCUAAAGCAAAGCAAAUCAAAAAAAAACAACUCAAGCAAGGUAUUUUUUGAAGGUAGCUAUAAUGAAUGUAGCUAUGACGCAUUUGUAACAUGUAAGCAGUUCAUCAAAUCAGUCUGUUAUUGUAAGUGCUGAAGAUUUUGUAUUGGUGUUAGUGUACAAUCACUCUGUACAGUAACAUCCACUUAGAAGCAAUGUAACAUGACACACAAAACAUAUUUCAACUAUCAACAGCUGAAUGCCAAAUUAAGUCAUGACUGUAUGAACUGUCUUAUUGUUUCAAGGUCCUGAAUUGUUUUUCCAGUUUCCAAGCUGGAUUUUCCACCUGUGUUGUACCUGGGCUUUCUUGGAGUAAUUUUAGGUUUUAAGAGCAUUUAUUUGGUAAACAUGGCCGCUGCGCGUUCAGUUUGAUGAACUGGCUUACCUGAGAGGACAUCUCACAGACCUGCAGUAACUACGCAAACUCUGGAUUUGUCCAGAUGUGCAGUGAUGUGCCAAUGUUUUACAGUACAGGUCUUGGCUAAACUUCAUAGUAUGUUAAACUGAAAACUAUAGUCGUACAUUUUAAAGCAUUUGUGGUCCCUGUGGAGAUCAGUAUUAAGAUUAAGUAGUGGUUACAUUUUUCCCCCGCUGAUGGGGUGGACUCAAACCCGGGCCAUUACAGUAAGGGCCUUGAUACAUGGUGUGCGCACUACCAGGUGAGCUACCGGGGCCAGUUACCAGUUUUUGCUCCACAUUUGGCCAAAUGUAAACCCAGUAAGCAUUUACAAGACGUGUGCACAUCCAAACCAAGCAAUUACCGUUGUGUCCUUUUAAUACAGCUUCCUGUGGCUGGAUGUGCAGGUAGUACCUAACCUAAAACAUACUGAGCAUUUAGUAUUGUGUAGGCCUGUUCUGGGAAAAUAACGUGAGUUGGUCUGACUUGAAACAUGUUUUGACAGUAGUGUCAAAUGCAAGCAAUGAAUUGCUUUUAAAAUAGGAUGAAAAGCGCAUGGAGUCUUGCCAGGUGUCCAAGUCACUGCCUAUGUGUGUCUGUGUAGGUGUGCUAUAUGUUCGAUGGUACUCCCUGAAUGGUGUCACGUGAAACUUUUGCAAUAGGAAACCUUUGGACAAAGGGCCUUCUGUAUGAGUUUGUUGUUGCUUUUUUUAUAAAGUGAAGACUUACAAGCUU